AUAUUUCCCAAUUUUACAGCAGCGAUGACACUCAAAAGUUCUUCAUUGGCUGUAAAAGGCUUUGAUAACUCUGUGCUGGUCCUUCCACCACCACCACCUUAUUUUCCUGAACCACCACCAAUUGUAAAUGAUUACAAUGGAAUCUGUCAGCCCCCUCCCAGUGAAAAUCCUCCCUCUUAUUACAGUGUUGUCUUCUGCAGGUCACAGACAGAUGAGAACCCUAAUUCCAAUAUGAGAGACAGUAGAUUGAUUCUUACGGAGUUUACAGCACAUUACCAUAUAUAUCUGGUGUCUGCUACUUUCCAACAGAAUUAUCACCAAGGAAUGAAGAAAAAGAUCUCCAGACCUCAGCUGAACAAUUACUUCACCCAACAGCAUCUUAGAUAAAUAAAAAUUGAUAUUUUUAUUUUUUGUUUACUUGGUACUUUCAGUUAAAUUAUAUCAGAUUGUUCUUAGAACAUUGAUGAACAAAAACAGGCUCUUUUGCUUAUCAAGUCUGUAUUUGGGAGUGAGGAGAGUUUUCCAAAUAAGAAU